AAAAUUAUUAUUAAACAAAAAAGAAAAAAGAAAAGGAAAAGCAAACUACAGUAAAGAAAGCUGAAACAUUUACUUCAUAUACAAUACAACAAGAGAGGUCACACAUAUACACAAACCUCUCCCCUCCUUCCCUUUCCCAUUUCACCUUCCUUUUAUCAUCCAUUUAUUAGAUUCCUUCAAUCUCCGAAUGGUUUUUUCUUCCUUCCAUUGGAUUGUACAGAUUCUCAGCUAAAGAACCCAUCUUUUACCUUUGCCGAGUUUGUUGAAUUUUUGCUGUUUUUUUUUUUAGUAGUUUUCUUCUUAUUUUUCUGGAACUUAAGGAUACAGACUCCCUCUGGGUCUUCUUGGGUUUUAGCUGUUUCUUGUAGAACUUUGUUGUGAAAAAAAGGCUUGAUACCCAGUAGCAUAAGUGUUAUAAAAGACUGUUGAAUGAUAAUUUUGAACAUACAUAUAUUUUAAAAAAUCUAAUCUUUAAUUUUCUUUAUAAAUUUUCCUCCUAAGAAAGCUGGUACCUUUUGUCCAGUUUUCUUCUAAAUUUAAUUUCAAAGCUUAGUUUUUUUUUUUUUUUUUGUGUGUUUUGGGAGAAAGAAACUCAUCAAUAUGGGAAAGCAAGGACCUUGCUACCACUGUGGUGUAACAAGUGAGUUCAGAAAUUUUUUUCCCCUUAAUUUCCCAUCAAUGUAUUUUGGUAUGAUUUUUUGAAUAUUCAAGAAAAAUGGGUUCUUUUCGGGAUGCUCAAUUUUGAGUUUCUAUCUAAUCCUCUAAUUGCCCUUGUAUGCUGGGAUGCUUGGAUGAGUUGUUUAGUCUUGCAAACGAAUGCCCGUGUGCUUUUCAUUUUCGAACGGGAGAGAUCAUAUAAACUGAAAAAUUAGUACUAAUAUGCACUUUGGGAACUUUGAUUUUUGAUUGCCUAUUAAUCUCACAAACCCAAUAUUCUGGUGUAAUGAGUUGGACUUUUGGUACUGAGGUUUGGCUAAUGGGUUGUUCUAUCUUCUUCAAUUUAUCUGUGCUAUUCAUUGACUCUCUUGAACAAUGUAUGACUGAUCAAUCGUGAACUGAGAGUUCUUACAUUGGUAUUCAGCCUGGGUUCUAUUGCAUUUAUUUUGCUCUUCAAUGGAAUUGGAAGCAUCUCUAUUCAGGGAAUCCCAUGCUUCCUCACUUAAGUUUCUGUUCUUGGUCCCAAAAUCCAAGUUUAUUGGAAACUUGCAAUCCUUAUUUCUGAUUUGGUGUUAACUUUUGUACACCUUAUUAGAAGAAUCAUGAGCCAAUCCCAAAUUGUUGUGGGCUUUCACAUUCUUCUAAACUAUAUUUGAUACAUGUAGUUUUUUAUUAUGCCUGUUUCAAGGCCACAUUGCUUUUAAAGCAGGAUAGUACAUUUCAUUCUUGCCCAAAAUGAAAAUUCAGCAAUGAAGUUUAAUCAUUCUCUUGAUUUCAUCUUUUCCGUUUCACCUCUUGUUGCUCUUCUUUGUACAUCAAUGGGGAGCAUGACUUGCGAUAAAUUUGUUUUUGAAACCUUCAAGCUUGUUCUGUCUCCGUAAACUUCAGGCAUAUACUACUUGGAUCAACUUCGAGCCUAAUCAUGGGACUAUUACUUUCACUAGUAUAAUGCAGUAUCUGCUUAAGCAUGACCAAUUAGCACAUUCCGAGGCCAUCAGUUCUUAAUGGUUACAUUUUGUGAAAAUUUUCCAAUGAUUGUCUGCUUGGCAACUGUGGAUGAACUUUAGGAAUUGGGCCUUCACUAAUAUAAUGAUGUGUACUUGAAGGCGUCCUUUAGCUUGUUCGAUACCGACCAUUUUUAAGUGGCUUGUAAUAUUACAAUUAAGACUUGCUUUAGUGCUUGAUGAUUGUGGUGGUGAAUUGCUUUACCAGUAACUUCUUUCCUGUUGCAGUUGCAGAAGUAUUGUGAUGGCCUUUGUUAAGGCAUUGAAAAUAGGAGUUCACAUAUUUAAUAAUGAUAUCGUUUUAAGACUCAUUUCACAUGGUCUUUUUGUUCCUAUAAAUUGAGAUGCCGCAUUGUAUGAGAUAAUGCUAUCAGCAGAAUUUGUCAAUCUGGAUUUCAGAACCUCAUGUUGCUUGCAUUUGUUUCUUCUAAAAGUGGCUUUUCUCCUUCACUUUUUCAUGUUUUCUCUGAAAUUCAAGGGUUUCAUUCUGAUUCAGGUGGCUCCAGUAUAUAAUCGGUUUAACUUCUGAUUGGGAACAGUAUUUUAUUGUGGUGCUUUAUAAUGCUCUAAAAAUUGUCUGAAAGCAAAUUUUCCUUUGUCCUCGUGUGAAGUGGAGCAUUAUAAAGCUGUUCUGCCAAUAGUUGAAGGAUAUUAAGGAAAAUGACAUGUUUGCUACCUUUUUUGGCUCUUGUUUAUGACUGCAUUCUUCAUAAUUUUUUACUGCAUUCUUUGAAAUGUGUGCUCAGUUUCCGGGUUAUCUUUCAGUUUAGGAUUUUUAAUCCUGUUCCUCAUCUUUGUGCUUCUUACAUAACAUUGCAGCACAAUACAUUUGUUUGCCAUCAAGUUAAUGUACACUAAUUUCCUACCAUUGAUCAUUUUAGGCACCCCUCUUUGGCGUAAUGGGCCUCCAGAAAAGCCAAUACUGUGCAAUGCAUGUGGGUCCAGGUGGAGAACUAAAGGAACGCUUUCAAACUAUACACCGUUACAUGCUAGAGCAGAACCCGAUGACUUUGAGGACUAUAGGUUUUCUAGGCUCAAGGCCACACCUACUAAGAAUAAAGAGGCCAAAAUUCUUAAGAGAAAGCCAACUUAUGAAAGUUUUGAAGUUGGAGGUUUUUCUCCUGAUUAUAACCAAGGUUUUCGCAAAGGAUUUGAUGAAGACACAAGUAACAGAUCCAGUUCUGGCUCUGCCAUCUCAAAUUCUGAGAGCUGUGCACAAUUUGGCGAUGCAAGUGACUUGACUGGUCCUGCGCAACCCGCAGUUUGGGACUCGAUGGUUCCAUCGAGAAAGAGAACUUGUGUCACUCGUGCAAAACCAUCAUCAGUUGAGAAACUCACCAAGGAUCUUUAUACUAUUUUACAUGAACAGCAGUCUUCCUAUUUCUCUGGGUCUUCUGAAGAGGAUUUGCUGUUUGAGAGUGACAAACCAAUGGUGUCUGUUGAGAUAGGGCAUGGAAGUGUACUCAUUCGACAUCCCAGCACAAUCGCUCGUGAAGAAGAAUCAGAAGCUAGCUCCCUUUCAGUUGAUAAUAAGCUGCACACUGGAAAUGAGGCUUAUUCUCGAUUGACAACCUUUCCUGUACAUACUGAUAAUAAGGGUGUCAAUUCGACUCCAGAGAUGGAGAAGAUCAAGAAGCCUACUUGCCAGGGUGUAGACCAUGAGCAACAGAUUAAGAGGGAUCAGCUGGAAAAACUGCAAUUGCUGGGUCAUCACAAUUCGCCUCUACAUUCCAUUGACUUGAAAGAAAUUCUCAAUUUUGCCGAGUUUAGUCAAUUGACCAAUGAUGAACGUCAGCAGUUGCUCAAGUUCUUGCCUCCAAUAGAUGCUUCUGUUACUCCUGAGAGUCUUAGAAGCAUGUUUGAAAGCCCUCAAUUUGAGGAGAACAUGUCAAACUUCCAGAAGCUUCUUGCUGAAGGUGUUCUGGACAACACACUGUCAGGGGUGAAGACAGAUGAUUGUCGGACUUUGAAGAGGCUUGUCUUAUGCAAUCUGACAAAAUCGAAGUGGGUGGAACAUUAUAGUGUUCUAAAGGAUAAGAGGAGAACUAGUAGCUGCAAGUCUGAUGUUGCUGGAGAAUUUAAUGUUGCCACUGGUCAUUCAGUGAACAUGAAGAGAUCACGAGAUGCCCAAACCACAAGAUUUCCAGGAGCAAAGACCAUGGUGAAGAGUCCUAAAAGGGUCACAACGAAGGCGGACUAUGAGCAAAGGGACUUUAUGAACAAUAAUGGCUCGUAUUUCAGUCCAAGAAAUCUUUUUGGCCCGCCUCCUGAUAAUAACUCUUUAGUCAUUGACUCUUUUACUUCAGCCGAAAGUUGUGAUCAGGAUCUGCUGCUGGAUGUGCCAUCAAACAGCUCAUUCCCACAGGCAGAGCUCCUACACCCAAGUUCUAGUUUUGGAGCCCAAGCAAGUACUAGUAGUAGCUCAGGAUAUCCAUAUAUGUCGCGUCCCUAACGUAGCAGCAGAAAAGCCUAAUACCUCUAGUAGCUGAUUCCUAUAUUACGCAUCUGCGAAACCCAGUCUUUAUGAACCAUACAUUUUGUAUGUCAAAAUAGAGAACACAAAAAAAAAAAAAAAAAGAGGUCUUGGGGUUGCCUUUACCUUUUGAACUUUCUUCUCCUUAUUCUUAAUGACCUACCAUGGAAUUUGGAGAAAAGGACAUGGGUGGCGUUUGUAUAGGUUGACAGAGAUUGUAUUAUAUAGAUCAUAAUACCAACGGGAGUUGGUAAUGCUUUGGAAGAUUUUUGGUAUUCUGCAAAGAUUAUGAACUUACAAUCGGUAACUUUGCACAUUGUUUGCUUCACAAGUAAGUUUUGCAUGUGAAAUCAUAGCCUGCGUAUUAAGCUUGCUGUGUGAUUUUUGGAGGUUUUAGCAAAAGUUUCUUCAAUUUUAAUUCCAGCCGAAGGAAGUGUUUUUUCUUUUAUACUACUGAUGAUCAGGCUUUGUUCAAAUUUGAAUAGCCGUUACCUGUUUGGCGCCAUAUGAUGAUGACAAGGACGGCCCCGCCACUCACUAAUUGACACGACGUCGUCAUGGUGACUGCUCUUUAGUGAAUCUGAUUUUCCUUAUUGGAUCACUUCUCUCACUUCAGUAGGCCCAAAUUACUAGUACCUUUCUAAGCCCACAGAG